AGAGAAAGCGAAUUUAUGAGUUCUUUAAUCCCAGACAGGCAGCUCUGUGGCAGUUACCUUCAAGAAAAGUUCACGCCCCAAAGGAGUGUUUAGUCUUACAGAGCCACUGACUCACUGAGCAGCGCGUGAGAGUGGCUGUGAGUGAGAAGGGGAGAGAUGAAGGAAAAGUUUUGCUUCCUUGUGAAACUCGUAAUAUUAUUGUUUUAGGACUUUUUUGAAAAGAUGACUGCUACUUUUGUUUAAAGUAUUUGUUCUGGAAUUGCUGAAGCUGGAGUCUACCAGACUGAGGUCAGGAGCAUUUUCUUUGGCAGCAAGAAGAUACUUUUAUAGAAGCCAUGCCUGUACUUGGGGUUGCCUCCAAGCUAAGGCAGCCAGCCGUAGGGUCAAAGCCUGUUCACACUGCCCUCCCGAUACCCAACCUUGGCCCCGCCGGCUCGCAGCAGUACUCACCGAAGGCUUUGGAGCUUACUGGGGCGGAGACCUCGAUGCUUUCUUGUCAGCUUACGUUAAAGUCAACCUGUGAUUUUGGAGAGAGGAGAGCGCUUCAAGGAAAAACCCAGGAGAUUGAAGAUAGCAAGAUUUACACUGACUGGGCUAACCACUACCUAGCAAAAUCUGGCCACAAGCGGUUGAUCAAGGAUUUGCAACAGGACAUUGCAGAUGGAGUUCUGCUAGCAGAAAUCAUCCAGAUCAUCGCAAAUGAAAAGGUUGAAGAUAUCAAUGGCUGUCCCCGGAGCCAGUCUCAAAUGAUUGAGAAUGUUGAUGUCUGCCUUAGCUUUCUGGCAGCCAGAGGCGUAAAUGUCCAAGGUCUUUCUGCAGAAGAAAUAAGGAAUGGAAAUUUGAAAGCCAUUUUAGGGCUGUUUUUCAGUUUGUCUCGGUACAAACAGCAGCAACAUCAUCAGCAACAGUACUACCAAUCUUUGGUGGAGCUACAACAGCAAGUCCCUUCAUCUCCAGCUGAAAUCAGCCAGUCCAAAACGCACCAAGAUAUGCAGUCGAGUCUCACAGCCAGAUAUGCAACUCAGUCUAAUCACAGUGGAAUUGCAACCAGUCAAAAAAAGACUUCUAGGCUUCCAGGACCCUCAAGGGUGCCAGCUGCAGGCAGCAGUACCAAAGUCCAGGGAGCUUCUAAUUUAAAUCGGAGAAGCCAGAGCUUUAACAGCAUUGACAAAAACAAGCCUCCACAAUAUGCAAACGGAAAUGAAAAAGAUUCACCAAAAGGCCCUCACCCAUCUGCAGGCAUGAAUGGAAAUGUGCAGCAUCCCACCAGCACCGGGCAGCAGCAGGUCUCUGCCAUACCCUCUCCAAGCGCCAGCAAGCCUUGGCGCAGCAAAUCCAUGAAUGUCAAACACAGCGCGACCUCUACCAUGCUGUCCGUGAAGCAGCCUAGUCCCGCAACCUCCCCUACUCCAUCUUCAGACAGGCUCAAGCCGCCCCCUUCUGAAGGCGUGAAGCCCCCUUCAUCUGGACAAAAAUCUAUGCUGGAAAAAUUCAAGCUGGUUAAUGCUAGGACUGCUCUGAGACCUCCUUUGUCGCUGAGCUCAGGACCCAGUGACAGUGGGAGAGAGGAUGAUACCUUUUCAGAGUGUGGUGAGAUGGAUGUCUUAAGCGGUGGGGUGAACAGCGGUGGCUCCACAAAUAGCAGUCCUAAAGUAUCACCGAAGUUAACCCCUCCGAAAGCUGGAAGCAAAAAUCUCAGCAAUAAAAAGUCUUUGCUACAGCCAAAGGACAAAGAGGAAAAGAACAGGGACAAAAACAAAGUUUGCACUGAGAAAACAGUCAAGGAGGAGAAGGACCAGGUCACGGAAACAUCUACAAAGAAGAGUUCAAAAAUUGCAAGCUUAAUCCCAAAGGGAAGCAAGACGACAGCACCCAAGAAGGAAAGUUUAAUACCAUCUUCUAGUGGGAUCCCGAAACCUGGAUCGAAGGUGCCAACAGCAAAGCAGAGCGCUUCAUCCGCAUGCACGGGAAGUAAGGAGGUUGAAAAACUGAGGACUACAAAAGGAAACCAGUCCCAAUCAACACCAAAAUCUCAACUUAGCGAGAAGGCUUCUCCUUCCUCUGGUCUUCCUUCUUCUGAAGGGAAAGAACCAAGCGCAGCUCUCACCUCGGGGUCCUCUGCGGCUCUGUCGGCCUCGAUGGCUGCAAGCAGUGGCCAGGGCACAGGAAAUGGUGUCGUCCAGCUUCCUCAGCAACAGCAAUACAGCCACCCCAACACUGCCACAGUAGCUCCUUUCAUUUAUAGGUAA